GGUGGGACCCACACAAAAGUACAGUACACCCAGUGCUUGCCAUUCUUGUCAACCGCGCCCUGCUCACUCACUUGUCUGACCUUUGAGACUUUGGCUGGCAACCACGUUCGCAUCUGCGACGUCACCACGGGGCCACCAAUAUCAAGGACAGCCGCCUCGACAACCUUGACCCUCGUUGUCUUUGUGUGUCCUAUUGUGCCAAAGAUGGAGCGUCACACGCAGGCUGUCAGGCUCAUCUCCUCGACGGUGCGCUCCUUCUUUGAGCGCUCCGAGCCAUACCGCAUCUUUCACGGCAGCACAAACUCGACCCGGCCAUCCCACCUCAAGUCCGGUGCCCGCUUCGUCGACAUCAGCGCCCUGUCCAAUGUCCUCGAGGUCAAUACGGCCAACCGUGUCGCCUUUGUUGAGCCCAAUGUCCCCAUGGACCGCCUCGUCGAGCACACGCUCAAGUACGGCCUCGUGCCCCCGGUCGUCAUGGAGUUCCCAGGAAUCACUGCUGGUGGCGGCUAUGCGGGCACCGCGGGCGAGAGCUCCAGCUUCCGCCACGGCUACUUUGACGACAACGUCCUCUCUGUCGAGAUGGUCCUGCCGGACGGCCAGAUCAUCGAGGCCAAGCCCGACGACGGCCAUCCUUAUCAGGACCUGUUCAAGGGCGCUGCGGGCUCCGUCGGCACACUGGGCGUCACGACCCUGCUUCAGCUGCGUCUCAUCGACGCCAAGCGCUAUGUCCGCACCACGUACCGCAGGACCAGCAGCGUGGCCGAGGCCAUCGCUGCCGUCAAGGAGGAGUGCGCCAACAAGGACAACGACUACGUCGACGGCAUCCUGUACUCCAAGGACCACGGCGUCGUCGUGACCGGCCAGAUGACCGAUGAGCUGCCUUCGCCGUCCGAAAAGGUUCAGACCUUUAGCGGAGCCUGGGACCCUUGGUUCUACAUGCACGUUCAGGAGCGGACAAAGGCGCUCCCUUCAUCCAUGGCAGCCACCUCCUCUUCGUCGUCCUCCUCCUCACAGCAGCUUCUCGCCCAGGGGUCCGUGACAGAAUACGUUCCCCUGGCCGAGUACCUCUUCCGCUACGACCGCGGCGGCUUCUGGGUCGGCGCGGCGGCGUUCAAGUACUUCCGCCCGGUCCCCUUCACGCGCUUCUUCCGGUGGUUCCUCGACGACUUCCUGCACACGCGCAUGCUGUACCGCGCGCUGCACGCCUCGGGCGAGAGCGGGCGCUUCGUCGUGCAGGACCUCGGCAUCCCCUACGACACGGCGGAGCAGUUCAUCGACUACACCUCGGACAAGCUCGGCAUCUGGCCCUUGUGGCUGUGCCCGCUCAAAACGCCCGCCGGGCCGGGGACCUUUCACCCGCACCUGCGCGGCGCCCGCGCCACCCCGCAGGGCCAGACGGGCGAGAUGCUCAACGUCGGCCUCUGGGGCUGGGGCCCCUCGGACCCGGACGCCUUCGUCCAGGCGAACCGCAGCAUCGAGGACAAGGUCGCCGAGCUGGGCGGCACCAAGUGGUUCUACGCGCACACGUACUACAGCGAGGCCGAGUUCUGGCGCGUCUACGGGCCCCGGGCCUGGUACGACGCCCUGCGCGCAAAGUACCGCGCGGCCAGCCUGCCCAGCGUCUACGACAAGGUCAAGGUCAAGAUCAACCCGCGCAAGGAGUCGGGCUGGAAGCCCUGGCUCAAGGCAAAGUGGCCCGUCGGCGGCGUCUGGGGCAUCUGGAAGGGCAUCAAGUCGCGCGACUACAUGCUCCACCGCAAUGCCACGUGGAAGUGGGAUCACAAGGCCAAGGAGCACAUGGUUGUCUUGCAGAGCCGCAAGGCCAUCGCAGGGCACAAGGCCAAGCAGACGUGAUGAGAUUGUCCCGCCUGCGACGAAUUUCCGGUUUUGAGGGCGUAGGACGAAUGCCCAUGUAGAACAGACUUGUAGACUAGAUCGAGUAUGACGGUUCAAUAGAUAAAAAGCGUGAUGCUGCUAGAAAAAACAAAACAUUUCACGUUCCAGGUGCCAGAUGCU